CGGAAACAGAAAGAGCAGCGAUGGAGAGAAGCUAAGGAAGGGACCUGCUGUGGCAGUGGCUCCAUCUUUACCCAGAGUGCUUGUGGAAUGGCAGCAGUUUGGCAGCAGGUGUUGGCAGUGGACGCAAGGUACAAUGCUUACCGCACGCCCACCUUCCCACAGUUCCGAACUCAGUACAUCCGCCGGCGCAGCCAGCUGCUCAGGGAGAACGCCAAGUGUGGCUUUGAGCCGGGGCUGCGCAGGCAGUACCUGAGGCUGCGCAGUCAGCUGCUGGCCCUGCGCUACGGGCCGCUGUCCGAGCAGAGCAGCUUCAGGGCCAGCAGUGUGCGCAGCUCCCGCACCACACUGGACCGCAUGGAGGACUUCGAGGAGGACCCCCGUGCCCAGGGGGCUCGUGGUCACCGCCGGUCCGUCAGCAGAGGCUCCUACCAGCUGCAGGCCCAGAUGAACAGAGCUGUGUACGAUGAGAGGCCUCCGGGCAGCUUGGUGCCCACCUCAGUGGCAGAGGCCAGCCGAGCCAUGGCAGGGGACACAACUCUGAGUGAAAACUAUGCUUUCGCUGGCAUGCACCACAUAUUUGACCAACAUGUGGACUCUGCCGUUCCACGGCUGCAGUUUGCCAACGAUGACAAGCACCUGCUGGCUUGCUGCUCACUGGACGGCAGCCUGUCCAUCAUGACGCUGUCCCCGUCCCCUCCCAGUGUGAAGGUCACACUGAAAGGUCACGGUGGUCCCGUCACAGACUUUGCGUGGUCUCUGAGCAACGACGUCAUCGUCUCAACAUCUCUGGACGGGACUCUGCGCAUCUGGAACACGGAGGAUGGCCGCUGCAUUCGGGAGGUCAGAGACCCAGAAUCCAGCGAGCUGCUCUGCUGCACAUUCCAGCCGAUGAAUAACAAUCUGACUGUGGUGGGAAACAGCAAGCACCACCUGCAGGUGGUGAACAUCUCCACCGGGAAGAAGGUGAAGGGGGGGUCCAGUAAGCUGACAGGCCGUGUGCUGUCUCUCUCCUUUGAUGCUCCGGGCAGGAUCCUCUGGGCCGGUGACGACAGGGGGAGCAUCUUCUCCUUCCUCUUCGACAUGGCCACAGGGAAGCUGACCAAAGCCAAGCGUCUGGUGGUGAACGAAGGAAGCUCCAUCUGCAGCAUAUCUGCUCGGUCCUGGAUCAGCCGAGAGGCCAGGGACCCCUCCCUGCUGGUCAACGCCUGUGUCAAUAAGAUGCUGCUGUACAGGGUGGUGGACAACGAGGGAACACUACAGCUGAAGAGAAGCUUCCCCAUCCAGCACGGCUCCCAGCUGGUUCACAGCAUCUUCUGCCCUCUGAUGUCGUUCAGACAGGGCGCCUGCGUGGUGACCGGCAGCGAGGACGCCUGCGUCUACUUCUUCGACGUUGAACGCAACACGAAGGCGAUCGUCAACAAGCUGCAGGGCCACGGAGGACCGGUGCUGGACGUCAGCUUCAACUGCGACGAGAGUCUACUGGCCUCCGCCGACUCCACCGGCAUGGUCAUCAUCUGGAGGCGGGAGCAAAAGUGACUCAUCCGCCAAUGAAAUGCUUCCAUCUCUACCGCUUCAAGAAAAAAAAGGCCUGCUGCUCCUCAACCGUCCAAGUCUGCAGAUUUUCACUGGAAUGUAACAGGUGGCAUUACGUGUUUAAUUUAACGAUAAGUGCAAUCAGAUUGAAGGAUAUGCUGUGUAGGUGGUGGGGAUGUUUUAGAGGUUUAUCUCUUGUGGGAGGGGGGGGGGGAGGG